CUCUCACGGCACUCCCGCCCUUGCUCUAUAAAUACGCCUUACGCUUCACCUCCCACUGACUCUAGCUAAUCUCUCCUGCGACGACGACUCUCCUACUACGCUUGUACGUUGGCAUCCAUGAAGAAGGUGAGGGCGAGGAGGCAACGCAUCCCGGCGUUCGGGGAGUGGAACUACGACUACGGCGGCGACUGGCCGGUCAACCAGUACUUUGAUUCCGCCAUGCAGGCCCGGCUGGGCAUAGCGUUACCACCCUCACCCAAGCCUCUCAAGAAGGUGGAGUGGAGUAAUAGUGCACCACUGGAGCAGGAGGAGAAGCAGCGUCAGCAGCAGCUGCAUCACGGGGGACUGGGAGAACACGGGGCGGUGAAGAAGCAGGGGAAGCAGAGCAGGGUGGCGGAUGCCGGGGCCCACGCCGCAGCUUACAAGGUGUGCCGGAUGGCGGUCAAGGCCAUGGACCAGGACCUCUACGCGAUCCCACCCGACAUGCUCUGCGACAAGCCAAGGCAGAAGAGGCGGACGAAGAGGAGCCUGGGGCUGGGAUGCCUGGGGCUGGGCUGCAUUGCCUAGGGAUCCAUCAUACCGUCUGAUGGCUGCUCAUCUUAAGUGGCCUUGUUUUGUGUGUGCCUUACUGUUAAGAGUCGUAGUAGCAGAAAACCAAGGCAUGAUGUUGUCACACGGUCCAAGCCCUUCCUCCCACUUUCUGUCUCUCUCCGUUGUCUCAGUGUCUGGUCAUACGUGUUUAAUUGGACGGGCGACGCGACGUGAUGUCUGCCAAGUCCGGCAGCUUCAUUUCCCCGUGCCCAAGACCAUUCGAGUGCUGCUUUUCCACGACGUGUUGGUUCCCAAUUCCCAUGGAGUUACGGCCCCGGCGAGGCCGGCGAAAAAGUUGUGUUAGCAGUGAAAAGGUUGAUGUAAAAAGAGAGAAGCCUUGUUCCAUGGGCGUCGCUUCAAUUUUUUUUUUUUUUUUUGAAACAAGAUGUCGUUCAAGUGUCACGCGAUCUCCCUGCAUGGCUAGUGUUUACGAGGCUUGUGGCAUGUGUUAUUGCGCGAUGAUCGAUUCCUCUGGGGAUUUGGACGCUGUGAUGGAUCAAUUCAAGACGGGUCUCGCAACCUUGGGCAGAUGCUUUGAUUUGGUUGAUGUCGAUCCCAAAGGACAUUGGUUUUAUCGCAAAAGCGCGUGCCAUCAGCUACUACCAAAUCUGAU